AUGCCAAACCGCUACUCAGUCAUUGUCAUUGGUGCAGGGGAAUCUGGAAUUGCCGUGGGUUGUAUGCUCAAGACCAAACUGGGCACCGACGACUUUCGGAUAUUCGACAGACAAGCCGGUGUUGGGGGAGCUUGGUAUGCCAAUAGGUACCCAGGCGUAGCCUGCGAUAUACCGGCGAUUUUCUACUCUUAUUCUUUCGCCCCGAACUAUGAGUGGACGACGCUGUUCCCUCCCGGCCAGGAAAUUCAGCAGUACUUGGACGGUGUGUGCGACAAAUUUGAUAUCCGGAGCAACAUCCAGCUCGAUACCGAGGUGUCAAGUGCUCGAUGGAUAGAUGAAGACGCCGAGUGGGAAGUAAAGGUGACCAACCUGAGCCCUCAGAACAAGACACCAGAAGAGGUUACCCUUCGUUGUAAGGUCCUGGUCACUUGCGCCGGCGAACUUGUCGAGCCCAAUAUUUGGCCACAGCAUGUUCCAGGGAUUGAGUCUUUCCAAGGACAGGUAUUCCACACAGCGAAAUGGAACGAUGAUGUUUCCUUGACGGGAAAAGAUGUCACUGUGAUCGGGACGGGCUGUACUGCAGCGCAGCUCGUUCCGGCGUUGGCAAGCCCAGAAAUUGCGGCGAAGUCAAUCACGCAGCUCAUGAGGGGACCACCAUGGGUUAUGGCUCGACCUGAGAAACCUCCUCCACGGUUGAUGGAGAUUGUUUCCACCUUGCUUAGGACCAUACCUGGCCUGGGCUUGUUUCUCCGACUCUGUCUCUUCCUGUACGCUGAGUCUACAUGGCUCAAUGUCGGCAUGGGCUGGUUUGGCAAGAAACGGCGGGAGUGGUUUGAGAAAAGACUCUUGAUUCAACUCCGUAAGACAGUCCCACCCAGAUAUCACAACAUGCUGACACCGCGCUUUGGUGUUGGGUGUCGGCGGAUCAUCGUCGAUGGUGGGUGGUUGGAAAGCCUCAGUCUCCCCAAUAUGGAGCUCACAAACAGACCUCUGGUCUCAAUCGAGCCACAGGGCGUUGUCUUGGGACCUCAGCCAAAAGAACAGCACCUAGAACACAAUAACGAGAAACGCAACAGUGAACUCAUCAGGAAGCCUGCGGAUAUCAUCAUCCUAGCCAAUGGCUUUGAGACAUCGACGUAUCUCCAUCGCUUAAAGGUCCAAGGAAGAGACGGGGCAUUCCUUCACGACGUCUGGAAGGCAAACGGAGGCCCUGGAGCGUACCUCAGCACAGCUGUCUAUGGGUUCCCGAACUUCUUCAUGGUCCUAGGACCAAACUCCGUCAGCGGCCAUUCAUCAGCCAUUCUGGCUAGCGAAAAUGUGGCAGGAUAUGCCCUCAACUUUAUCAAGCUAGUUCUAAGUGGACAGGCUCGCACUGUUGAAGUCCAUAUGGAAGCCGAGCAAAGUUACACGGCCGAUGUGCAGAGAAGGUCACUAGACAAAGUCUGGCAGACUUGCCACAAUGGUUACAUACAGAACGGAGGCUGGAAUAGCUCCAUAUGUCCGUAA